UAGUAAUGCCUAUAAAUUGAAAGCAUUGACUGUAAGCGUGAAUAAAGGGACACACAUUUGGUUGCAUUACUCGUGAAUCCAAUCAAUUAAAUCAGUAGUGAAUCAGUGAUGGCAGCCAUACAUACCCUGAACCCGAAGGCUGAGAUCGCCCGUCACUCGCAGGCCUUAGCCGUCAACAUCAGCGGCGCUAAAGGUCUUCAGGAAGUCCUCAAAACCAAUUUGGGUCCGAAGGGGACGAUGAAAAUGCUCGUCAGCGGCGGCGGAGAUAUUAAGAUCACUAAAGACGGCAAUGUCUUACUCCACGAAAUGCAAAUACAACACCCGACGGCUUCACUCAUAGCCAAGGCGUCGACCGCACAGAAUGACGAGACCGGCGACGGCACCACUUCGACGGUACUCCUGAUCGGGGAACUCCUCAAACAAGCGGAACACUAUAUCAGUGAAGGAUUGCAUCCGCGAGUUGUCGCCGACGGCUACGACUUGUCCCGGAAGAAGGCUCUGGAAGUACUGAAAGCCAUUAAAGUGGAUCAGAAGGACAUCGAUCGCAACACUUUGCUGAAUGUGGCGAAGACAUCGUUGCGAACCAAAGUUCACCACAAAUUGGCCGAUCAUUUGGCGACCAUUUGUGUGGACGCCUUACUCGCCAUCAGACAAGAGGGCAAACCGAUCGACCUGUUUAUGGUUGAGAUCCAAGAGAUG